UGGAUCCACCACCUCGCAGCCUCUGAGCCGAUUAACCGCCAGCAGCAUUGUAAAGAGGAGUCGAACCAACAGACCAUGCAGUGUGGCGUCGAAACCAUGAACGACUGCGAGCGUUCACCAGGGCGUACCGGUCUGCGCGUCAACUUCACCGAGAAGGGUGAAGUCAAGGAACGGCGUGAAAAGUUCCUCACGGCCAAGUACGGCUCCCACCAGAUGAGUCUGAUCCGGAAGCGGCUAGCGGUCGAGAUGUGGCUGUACGACGAGCUGCAGAAACUGUUCGACCCACCCACAGAAGCAAUCGAUGUGGAUAUUGACGAGAUUCUCGAUAUGGACACCGAUGACAUAAGACGAUCGCAUCUAUUUAGCCUUCUUUCCGCAUGCAAACGACCACCGCAAGACAUAUCGAAAUUCAUCAGCGAUCUGCUGGACAGAGCCAAAACACUCUGA